AUGGAUAGCCGUAGCCAUGUCUCUUCUUUCUCUAGCCUUAACUCCUAUAUCCGAGCACUCUCGAAUACUCCGAAAAGGUUGGCUCGAAGGGCAUGCUCGGUCUCGACUUCUUUUGAAGAGACGAGACGGGUUCGAGCCAGGUCCGGAACGGAGAUGAAAAGAAGCCUCCGGUGGUAUGACUUAAUGGGAUUCGGCAUCGGCGGUAUGGUCGGUGCCGGAGUAUUUGUCACCACCGGCAACGCCAGUCGAAAAUAUGCUGGCCCUUCUGUCAUCCUCUCUUACGCCAUUGCUGGCCUCUGCGCUCUACUCUCUGCUUUCUGCUACACAGAAUUCGCCGUGGACCUCCCUGUCGCCGGCGGCGCGUUUAGCUACAUACGCGUAACUUUUGGUGAAUUCUUGGCCUUCUUAACCGGUGCGAAUCUGAUAAUAGACUACGUACUAUCAAAUGCGGCGGCGGCCAGAGGAUUCACAGCCUAUUUAUGUACAGCCCUGGGAAUAUCAAAUACCCAUUUAAGGUUCACCAUCGAUGGCCUACCAAAAGGGUACAAUGAAAUUGACAUUGUUGCAGUGGCCGUGGUCCUACUACUCACUCUCGUAAUCUGCUACAGUACUAGAGAGAGCUCAUGGUUAAACAUGGUUUUAACUGUUCUACACAUUUUGUUCAUAGUUUUCGUAAUAGUGAUUGGGUUCUGGAGAGGUGAGUGGAAGAAUUUCACUGAACCCGAAAACCCCAAAAAUCCUGGCGGGUUUUUCCCAUUUGGUGCUUCUGGUGUGUUUAAUGGCGCUUCUGUGGUGUAUGUGAGCUAUAUCGGUUACGACGCCGUUUCCACGAUGGCUGAAGAGGUCAAAAAUCCGGUUAAGGAUAUCCCAGUCGGAGUUUCAGGCUCGGUUACCAUCGUCACUGUUCUUUACUGCUUAAUGGCUGCUUCAAUGUCCUCCCUUCUCCCUUAUGACAUGAUCGAUCCAGACUCGCCGUUUUCUGGGGCGUUUAAGGUGGGAUCCGCGGGGUGGAGGUGGGUGUCGAAUGUGAUCGGAGUGGGGGCCAGUUUUGGUAUUUUGACGUCGCUUUUGGUUGCGAUGUUGGGGCAGGCACGCUACAUGUGUGUAAUCGGACGGUCAUGCGUGCUCCCUUCAUGGUUUGCAAGGGUCCAUCCUAAGACUUCUACGCCUGUUAAUGCCUCCGUCUUCCUUGGAAUCUUCACAGCAGCUAUUGCCCUUUUUACUGAUCUAAACAUCCUACUGAAUCUCAUAUCCAUUGGGACGCUAUUUGUCUUCUACAUGGUGGCAAAUGCGGUGAUAUAUAGGCGUUAUGUUACUGUGGGAACGACAAAUCCGUGGCCAACCAUUUCGUUCCUGUCUUGUUUUACUCUCACAUCUGUCAUGUUUACCCUCCUCUGGCAUUUCGGGCCAUCGGGUAAGCCCAGUGCCUUCAUGCUCGGGGCUUGUAUCACUUUGGCAAUCGGAGUUCUACAAUUAUUCCAUUUCAUGGUCCCACAAGCUCGAAAGCCUGAAUUUUGGGGGGUCCCUUUGAUGCCAUGGAUUCCUUCCAUAUCCAUCUUCCUUAACAUAUUCUUGUUGGGUUCUCUUGAUAGAGCAUCCUAUGUCCGAUUUGGAUUCUUUUCAGGCCUCUCGGUGCUUGUUUAUGUUCUAUACAGUGUCCACUCGAGCUUCGACGCAGAGGAAGUUGGAGCUCUUAGUCAAAAGACUGGGGAAAGUAUGAAGGAAUCUGUUGAAAGUGAAGACAAUGCUCUCAAAGUGUGA